UAAGGCGUCAGUAAUGUUCACUCAUUUUCUCAUCACAUCCACCACCAGAGGGAGGAGAGGAUUACUCGAAUGGCAACGGAGAGCGGCGGCCGGCCGGGUGCAUCUCUGGCCAGUCCGGCGGCGCUUCCCUACCUCGUGAUGCCGUUGACUAACCUCUGCUUGUCUGGUUUCAUUGCCAUCCAACGGUCCGUCCUCCGCCCCUCCACCGGAGUCAGCGCCACCACCCUCUUCGCCUACUACCAGCUCCUUGGCUCCCUCCUCCUCUCCGUCCUCGCCCUCCUCUUCGAAAGCGGCAGAAGACCUACACUCACCUUCCGUAUCCUCUGCUCGGCGUUCGUCAUCGGCUUCCUGCAAAUCCCAGUAGGGGGGCUGCUGCUCUCGUCGAGCCUCCGUUACAUCACGACGACAUUCCAGAGCGUGGCGCUCAACACGAUCCCAUCGCUGGUGUUCGUGCUGGCCGUGCUAUGCCGGCGAGAGCGGUUCCGGUUCUGGAGCGUCGGUGGACAGGCGAAGCUCUGGGGGGUGGUCGUCUCCGCCGCCGGUGCGUUUGCGAUGGUCAUAUCGGACCGUGACUCUACAGAGUCGUCGGCAUCGAUCGGGUCGUCAUCCCACGCGGACUGGCUGCUGGGGACGACGAUGGUCGGACUUGGUGUUGCGGCAAGUGCCAUUGCCGAUCUUUCCGUGGAAAGCAUCGCUUUCAGGUAUCCUGCGGAUCUAAGCUUGUCGGCCAUGAUUGCCGUAUGUGGUACCAUUCAGACCUUUACAGUAGCAGCCUUCAUGGAGAGGGACGCUUCGGCAUGGAAGAUACAUCGGAAAGGAAGCUUGCAGCUCGUCGCCAUCCUAUAUGGGGGAAUCCUUGUUACGGGGCUGUCAUACCUUGGAAGAAUCUGGUGCAUACACCGGAAAGGCCCCGUCUUCGCGACGGCAUUCUCCCCGCUGCUGGUGGUCUUCUCGUUCCUCCUCCACACGCUCGUCUUGGGAGGCGCCACCCGCGUUGGAAGUAUUCUUGCAGCGGCGUUGGUCGCAGCGGGCCUGUAUCUUCUUUUGUGGGCGAAGUCUACGGAUCAAAAGAUGGAGGACGGAGAUGAGAACCAGCAAGUCGAAGGGUCUAAUGAAGAACCGCUGCUGUGAAAGAUAUCCUGUGUGGUACAAAUAUAAAGGAAGAAUCGGGCAUUAUGACAACUUAUAAUUAUUUUUGUUGUUGAAUAAUAUAAUCAGACAUCAUCCACAUCUUUGAUUUGUUAUUGCCAUUGUUAUUAUAUAAUAUAAUCAAACU